AUGAGUUUCUUAAAGAGACAUAUGGAUAUGUCAGGAGGUAGUGCUACUAUGGAUAUGUCAGGAGCUAGUGCUACUAUGGACAUGGUAAUGGAAACCGCAGAAGCAGCUAUGAGCAUGUCUCAUGAUCAUACAAGUGAAGAAGGUAUGGGUGGCAUGCAUAUGUGGUUUACCACCCAUUUUAAGGACUAUCCUGUUGUGUUUGAAACUUUAUCAGCAUCGACAAAAGGUGGUGCAUUUGGUAUUUUUGUAUUACUAUUCUUUGCUGCCUUUUUCGCAAGAUUGUUGGAGUUUGUCAGAAACUAUCUCGAAGAAGUUGUAUGGGUCAAUCCAAAAUAUCAAGAGUUUGAAAAUGGUGUUGUGAACCAUAGAGCAAAAUUGCACCAAACUGAAAGCGGAGGAGGAGAAGGUGCAUGCGAACCAGGCGCAUGCGGAGCAGGACAAGAAAGAAUCACAACUGACCUGUUGGAUAAAAAUUUGGUUCUGGAGUCUGGAAAUGAAAUCCACUCUACUACUUCAAGCCAUGAAUCUAAAAAAUCACAUAUCGGAACUGCAAGUAAGAUAAUGAGAAACGUUAUAAGGUUAGCUUUAUGUAUCAUUCCUGACCUUUUCAGUUAUACCUUGAUGUUGGCUGUAAUGACUUUUACCUUGACAUAUUUCUUUGCUGUCGUUCUAGGAUCUGGUAUCGGUAGAUUUGUCAGUGAAAGAUUACUGGAAAAGUUUAGUAUAAAGCGUACACCACCUAGAAGUUGUUGUUAA